AUGGCUAAGGAGAUACGAGGACAGUAUGAACCUGUAGCUGAAAUUGGUGUUGGUGCCUACGGUACGGUGUACAAAGCAAGAGAUCUGCAGAGCGGAAAGUUUGUGGCCUUAAAAAAUGUACGAGUGCAGACAAACGAGAAUGGACUUCCACUCUCUACUGUCAGAGAGGUAGCGCUGCUGAAACGCCUUGAGCACUUUGACCAUCCAAACAUUGUAAAGCUUAUGGAUGUUUGUGCCUCCGCCCGGACAGAUCGUGAGACUAAGGUGACCCUAGUUUUUGAGCAUGUUGAUCAGGACCUGAAAACUUACUUAAAUAAAGUUCCUCCGCCUGGUUUACCUUUGGAGACUGUUAAGGAUCUAAUGAGACAGUUCCUCUCCGGCCUUGAAUUCCUUCAUUUGAACUGUAUUGUGCAUCGUGAUCUUAAACCAGAAAACAUUUUAGUGACCAGCUGUGGACAGGUCAAACUAGCAGAUUUUGGCCUUGCACGAAUCUACAGCUGUCAGAUGGCCCUCACCCCUGUGGUGGUGACCUUGUGGUAUCGUGCCCCGGAAGUAUUACUUCAGUCUACAUAUGCCACACCGGUGGACAUUUGGAGUGUAGGAUGUAUAUUUGCAGAGAUGUUCAGGAGGAAACCUCUGUUCUGUGGAAGCUCGGAGGCUGACCAGCUUUGCAAGAUUUUUGAUAUGAUUGGUCUACCUUCAGAGGAGGAGUGGCCAGAGGAUGUCACAUUACCACGGUCUGCUUUUUCACCCCGGAGUCAGCAGCCAGUAGAGAAGUUUGUCUCUGAAAUUGAUGCAGCUGGUGCUCAGCUUCUGCUGGAAAUGCUGACAUUUAACCCUCAGAGGCGCAUCUCUGCAUCACAAGCUCUGCUUCACCCCUUCUUCUCUGAAGACAAUGAAGCCUGCCCCAAACCAGAUGCCUUCUCACGUGUACAUUCCACCGAUAAAUGA